GAAACGUUUCAGUAAGUCCUCCUCUCUUCGCGUUCCUCUAUCUACCUUUCUUCCCCUCAGCCGUAGGUCGAACUCUAAUUCCGCGCUAUUUUCGGAGCAUAUUUGAAAGUGGCUGCGGCGAGUUGUACUUCAACCUGCGGGCCACUCGUGACUCCUUUCAUAAUCCCGUCCUCACCCUCGACUCAGACUGCGCCAAUAUGGUCAUGAACAUCGUCCGUCCCCUUCCUGUCACCGUGGUGGUGGAGGGGCGUCUCAGCCUGGAUUUCACCGCCGACGAGCUCAUGCGUAUUCGCCUUUGGACCUUCCAGAUUCGGACACAUCGGGAACUUAUCAUGCGCUCUCUAUUGACUAUUCAGGUAGACAUGUUUGUCUAUUUGCUCACCUGUUCUUUUUCAUGAUUCUCCUCCCCGAACGGGUGGAGCUGUAUCAUGUGACCUAGGCAGGGGUCAACCACGUCCGGCGCAUGCGAAAAAAGGAUAAAGCAGGAUGAGGCAGGCACGGUGACUUGCGUGUGAAUUAGUUUAUAGUGAGUGUAGAUUUGCGCUGUAUCUACCGCACCGUCUCCUCCUCCCCCAACUAGACCCGGUGUCAAGACGAGGCCAAGAAAACCGGAGGUGGGGGAGAGUGAGGGUGGAUAGCGCGACCGAGCAUCCACCUUGACGCUCCACUCCACACCUCGUUUUAUUUUGGUAUUCAUAAGCCAUGGCAUGCAGAAAGCGUCGCUCCGUGCAGCCAACUAACAGUUCGACCGUCGUUGCCAACGAUGUCCACCCUGUGCUUCACAGCAAGGUGAAGCAGGCACGGUGACGUGCGUGUGAGCUGAUUUAUGGGGAUUGUAGACUUGCGCUGCAUCUACCGCAAUGUCGCCGCCUCCUCCUCCUCCUCCUCCUCCUCCUCCUCCUCCUCCUCCUGA